AUGACCGAACCAAAUGCUCACCCGCAGCUUCCUACACUCCGUGAUAGGAACAGAUCGAAACACUACUGCGUGAUGGCGAUCAACGUCGACGGCUACAAUGACAAGAAGGAACUACUGAUGAGGAAUACCAUACUGCGAACUAGACCCCAUGUAGUCAUACUCUCCGAAACAUGCACUAACCUACAUCGCACAGUAUAUAACGGCCAAUAUACUGUAAUAGGAACCUCCGGGCCAGCCGAUGGUGUAGCAGUCAUGAUUAGACAGGAUGUGCAAUACCACAUUACAAACAAAACCACGCGGAUUAUCUCGUUGCAGCUAGAUGAUCUCGUAACCUGCAUUGGCACAUAUGCACCAACCGAACAGACCGCCGACAAGAUCAAAGUGCAAUACUGGGAACAUCUAACCCGACUGAUUCCGACUGACAAGCCACUACUCAUCGCCGGCGACCUCAACGCUGGGCAUGAAAAGACCGAAGCUAGAACCAUUAAAGGCAUCCCGAACUAUACAAGACUCCGAACACUCGCUGGUCAAUUCAAUCUUAAUAUACUACCAACCCCGCCUACCUGGAUAUCCAAACGGUCCAAAGAUCAGAGACCCACCCGAACCCUCGACCGUAUACUAACAAAUACUACCACUAAGCCUACCGAUACUGAAGUACUACUUGACUGGGAGAAUGCCCCCGCAGACCAUGCAAUACUAACUUACAAAUGGAACAUACACUCGAUUGGUUAUGACCAAGGACGACCUAAGAACGCGCACUUUGCCAG